AUGAAUUUAUGCCAAUGCAUUAUACUAGACAGAAUGGUCGAUUUAUACCAGAAGAACUACCACAUUGAAGAUCUAGCUCCGCCUGCAACUGCUGCUGCAGUUUUACCAUUUCCUCAAUGGUUGACUGACUUUACCGGUCUAAAAGAAUGGCCCGGGUUUGACCCUCCUUACAUUCCAUUAGAUUUUAUUCACUUGGACAAAAUUGUUGAUGCGCCAUUGCAUGUACAAGGCAGUUGUACAGCAGUCAAGCUAGAACACUGUUCUUUCGAUUGUAUCAACUGCAUUGCUCCGGACGAUGUUUAUUCAUGCCCCGUUCUUUCUCAAACAUUUGAUGACGGGCCAACGCAAUUCACCACUACUUUGCUAAACAAGCUAGAUGAGAAGUCAAUAAAGUCUACAUUCUUUACCUUGGGUGUUCAAAAUGUGAAGUAUCCUGAAGUUUACAGAGAAACGAUGAGACGGGGUCACAUCAUGGGGUCGCAUACUUGGUCCCAUAAGUUUCUACCAUCGCUAACAAACGAGCAGAUCAUCGCACAGUUAGAAUGGUCCAUUUGGUCAAUGAAUGCAACGGGCCACCAUUUACCAAAGUGGUUUAGGCCACCCUUUGGCGGUAUAGAUAACAGAGUUAGGUCCAUUGUCCGCCAAUUUGGUAUGCAGAAUGUACUAUGGGACAUGGAUACUUUUGAUUGGAAGCUCGGAACAAAUACGAGAAAAGAGGCUGAUAUAUUGAAAGAUGUAAGAGAAUUCAAGGUGAAAAAGCUGGGGAAAGGAAUGAUUCUAGAGCAUGACGCGGUGUCAGCCACUGUCAAUGCUGCAACAAAGGUUGUUGAUAUAGUGGGAUCCAAUCAGUGGACCGUUCCUAAGUGUGCUGGAGGAAUUGAUUACAUUAAAGUGUUUGCAUGA